UUCCUGGAGGGCCACAGCCCUGCAGUGUUUAGUUCCAACCCUGAUCCAACAACACACAUACCAUUUAGCUUUCAAAUAAGCCUGAAGGACUUGAUUAGCUGGAUCAGGUGUGUUUAUUUGCAUCUUAAUGCUGCAGGGAUCUGGCUCUCCAGGAACUGAGUUCGACACCCCUGCUCCAAGACCUGAAAUGGCCUUGAUGUUCGGUUGCAAAGCCAAUGUCAAAUCUAGGUUUUCACAUCACUGACCGAGCACAAGAGGUGAUGGAUGGGCCAGUAGAUGGCACCAAGCUCAUUCUGAGACUCAAGCUAGAUCUCCUGGAAGCUCUGACGGGAGAUCCAGACUUUCUGCUUCAGCAUUGCCAUGCCAGUGGCAUACUGUCCAACAAUGAGUACAACAACAUCAAAGACAUGAACAUGUGUUCAAGGCAGGUACGGGACAUCUUGGAUUAUGUUAUUCACAAAGACAACAAGCAUGCUCUGAAAUUCCUGAAGUUGCUGAAAACACAAGACAUGCAAGAGACAUUUCCUAAACUACAGUUCCUUCAAAAGCUGCAAAUCAACAAACGCAAGACACCAAAAAACACGGAGACGACAGCAAAAAGACGGCAGGAGAUGUUGGAAAACAAUGUAUGGCAGGAGCAGCAUCAUAUCAUCAGCACUAGGAUGGUGAGCGAGAGGGAGAUGAUGAUGGUGGCUGGCUGCAUCGGGAACAGCUGGAGGGAGGUGGGCAUUCUGGCACUGGAUAUGAACACCACCACUCUUCAGCAGAUAGAGGAGGACAACAGCCAACACAAAAUGCGGGUUUUCACCAUGCUGCGAAAAUGGAGCAUACGUGAGAGGGAACAAGCCACCGCAGCUCGUCUCCAUUCCCUACUAACCCAAGAGGACAGCGGCAUAGACACUCUGAAAAUCAACUUCCUGUUGGACAACAACUGAGGCUGCUAGGAGGACUUAAGAGUGAUGCAGGCAUGGUGUCACAACCUUCUCUACAGGGUUUUAUCUAGGGCUUUUACAUUUGUAAAACAAGUUCUGUGGUAAACAUAAAUUGCCAAUACUUGACACUUAAGCAGUUAUAAUAUUUUUUUUAAAAUGUAUGUUCCACUUCUGUAUGAAUUUCUUUUGCUGAACAUAAAAAAGGUAUUUUGAAGAAAGUUGGUAAAACUAUGGAAGUCAAUGGCUACCGUCAACUGCUUGGUUACCUACAUACUUCAAAAUAUCUUCUUUUGUGUCCUACAGUUGAAAGAAAUUCAUAUAGCAAAGGUUUGGAACAACUUGUGGGUGAGUAAACGAUGACAGAAUUUUCAUUUUUGGUUGAUCUAUCCCUUAAAAAAAACAUUAUAAUAACCCAUAUGAAAAUCUCAUGGUGAAUUAAUCUUUUGGAUUUUGAAGUUAUAGCUGCAGCCCUUUGUUUAUAAGUAGCACUUUGCAUUCACAGACAUGCAAACAUACCACUAGAGUGAGCUAUAACUGCUAAUCAGUGUACUGUUUUGUCUAUUUUAUUUUAUUUUUUUGUCUGUAAAGGCUAUGUAUAAAGUCAGCUACAAGCUUAAAUAAUAGGGGAACGUAAUGCAACAAGCUAUAAUGUGCGUAUUUCAAAAAAAUGUCUUAAACCUUAUGUGCAAAACCUUUCAUAUAUAAAAAUCUAUAUUUUUACAUAA